AUGCUCUUUGUGGACUAUAGCUCUGCGUUUAACACCAUCCUUCCUCAAAAAUUGAUGAACAAACUGAUGGAUCUAGGCAUUCCAUACCCCACCUGUAUGUGGAUUAAAAGCUUUCUCACAUGUCGCACCCAGAGGGUGAGAGUUGGCCAUCAUACAUCUACGGCCCUUAGUCUCAGCACCGGCUCCCCACAGGGCUGUGUAUUGAGCCCCCUGCUGUACACUCUAUACACGCACAACUGUACCUCCACCCACCACAAUAACAUCAUAGUGAAGUUUGCGGAUGACACUACAGUGGUGGGGCUCAUCACUGGAGCUGACGAAUCAGCUUACAGAGAGGAGGUUAAACAUUUGUCGGUGUGGUGUAGGGAGAAUAACCUUCUCCUUAAUACUGUAAAGACCAAGGAGCUGGUGAUUGAUUACAGGAGGGAAAAGACUGACAUCACACCACUCAUCAUCGGCAGGGAUCGGGUGGAGCAGGUGUCGGACUUCUGUUUUCUGGGUGUGUACAUUGAGGAGGGUCUGACAUGGAGCGUAAACAGUGUGAAGAAGUUUGAUAUUCCUGCAGACACAUUUUUUUCUAAAGGUGCUCGGGUAUGGGUGAAUCAUAAAGAUCAGCUAGUUCCGUCUACAGUGAACUCCUGUGGAGAUGGAACAGUGGUACUCACCACCGAUUAUGGGGAGGUGGUGUACCUGCAGCAGGUGGAGGUCAACAGGGAAAAGGUGUCUCCCAUGCACCAGAGCAGCAUUGAUGGUGUGGAGGACAUGUCCACAUUGGCAGAGCUCCAUGAGGCUGCCAUCAUGCACAACCUUCAUCAGCGAUACCAAAAAGAUAACAUCUAUACUAACAUAGGUUCUAUCCUGGCAGCUGUGAACCCUUAUAAGCAGAUCACAGGGCUGUAUGAUCUCUCGGCAGUGGAGCUGUACAGUCAGCAUCAUUUGGGCGAGCUGCCACCACAUAUCUUUGCGGUUGCCAAUGAGUGUUACCGCUGCUUAUGGAAGAGACAUGACAGUCAGUGUGUACUGAUAAGUGGUGAAAGUGGUGCUGGGAAAACAGAAAGCACCAAACUACUGCUGCAGUUCCUGUCUGUCAUGAGCCAGAACUCUGCUGGGACAGCACCUACAGAGAAGAGCACACGUGUGGAGCAAGCCAUCGUACAGAGCAGCCCCAUUAUGGAGGCAUUUGGAAAUGCCAAAACAGUGUAUAACAACAACUCCAGUCGCUUUGGGAAAUUCAUCCAGCUUCAUUUCUCUCAAAGUGGGAACAUCCAGGGAGGAUGCAUCGUCGACUAUUUACUUGAAAAGAAUCGGGUGGUAAGGCAGAACCCAGGGGAGAGAAACUACCACAUCUUUUACGCUUUGCUGGCCGGGGCCAACAAAAGUCAAGAUGAGACAUAUUUUCUGGCAGACCCCCCUGAGUCAUUUCACUACCUGAGUCAGUCAGGCUGUGUAAAGGACCACAAUCUUGAUGACAAGCAGCUUUUCGACAAUGUUAUGGAGGCUCUGAAAGUCAUGGAGUUCACAGAGGAGGAGAUCACAGAUAUGUUCAAACUGUUGUCUGGUGUUCUGCAGCUUGGCAAUGUGGAGUUCAUGACAGCAGGUGGAGCACAGAUCACCACCAAACAGGUUGUAACUAAUGUGAGUGAGUUGCUGGGUCUGGACUGUUUCCAGUUGUCUGAGGUUCUGACCCAGCGUUCCAUGAUCCUCAGAGGAGAGGAGAUCUGCUCACCACUCACAGUGGAACAGGCGAUAGAUUCCCGGGAUUCAGUUGCCAUGGCGCUAUACUCUCAGUGUUUCUCAUGGAUCAUCAUGAGAAUUAACCAGAAGAUAAAGGGCAAAGACAACUUCAAAUCCAUUGGAAUCCUCGACAUCUUUGGAUUUGAGAACUUUGAGGUGAACCGUUUUGAGCAGUUCAACAUUAAUUACGCCAAUGAGAAACUGCAAGAAUAUUUCAACAAGCACAUUUUCUCUCUAGAGCAACUGGAGUACAACAGGGAAGCCAUUCAUUGGGAAGCGAUUGACUGGAUGGACAAUGCAGAAUGUCUGGAUCUGAUAGAGAAGAAACUGGGCAUGAUAGCUCUGGUUAAUGAGGAGAGCCGAUUUCCCAAAGGCACUGAUUUCACCCUACUAGAAAAACUACACAGCAGACACUCUACCAAUCCCUACUAUGUGAAACCCAGACUGGCGGACCAUCAGUUUGGUAUAAAGCACUAUGCUGGAGAGGUUUUAUAUGAUGUGAGAGGGAUUUUAGAAAAGAACAGAGACACAUUUAGAGAUGAUAUCCUAAACAUGCUAAAGGAUAGUAGACUGGAUUUCAUCUAUGACCUGUUUGAGCAAGUGAGCAGCAGGAAUAACGAGGAGACUCUGAAGAUGGGCACAGCGAGAAAAAAGCCCACUGUCAGCUCUCAGUUCAGAGACUCUCUUCAUUCUCUAAUGGCAACUCUCAGUGUGUCCAACCCCUUCUUUGUGCGUUGCAUCAAACCAAAUAUGGACAAGAAUCCAAGCAAGUUUGACCCAGAAGUUGUUCUGAAUCAGUUGAGUUACUCUGGUAUGUUAGAGACAGUAAAGAUCCGCAGAGCUGGAUUCCCUGUCCGACGCACAUUUAAAGACUUCUUUAGCAGAUAUAAGAUUAUCCUGAAGGAUAAAGAAAAGUCGGCUGUGGCUUCAAAUGGAGAUGAAAAGAAGAAGAGCAUAGAUCUACUGACCAUCUAUGACCACACCAAGAAAGAGUGGCAGAUUGGAAAGACCAAGGUGUUUCUAAAGGAGCCUCUCGAACAGAAGCUGGAGAAGGAGCGAGAUGAUGUCCGAAGCAAAGCUGGACUGAUCAUACGAGCCUAUCUUCUGAGAUAUAUAGCAAGAAAGAACUUCAAGAAGGCUCUGGCCUGCAUUGUUACCAUCCAGAAGAACUACCGCGCUCAUCUCUAUAAACAACGAUAUCUGCGAAAACGUUCAGCUGUGCUGGUCCUCCAAAAACACAGACGAGGGCAAGUGGUUCGAGGAAUCUGCCGCAAACUACGAGAGCAAAAGUGGAAGAAAGAGGAGGAGGAGAGGAGAAAGAAAGAAGAGGUGGGGAAGACAACAGUGGGAGAGCAAAAUAAGAAAGAUGAAGAGGAAAAGGAAGGAGAGAAAGAGUCUCCACGGUCUACUGAGGAGAGCCGUCAGAUGGAGGAGAUCCUGCGUUUGGAACGAGAGAUCGAGCGUCUUCAGAAGCAGAGAGAGGACGGAGUGUCAAUGCUGUGUGAGAGCUCCAAACAGGAACUCCGUUUACGCCGCGACGCUGAGAUCCUGCGUCAGAAAAAACAGGCAUCUCGCGCCGCCACUGAGUUCCUCGACCUGCUUGACACCGGAGGCCCAGAUGUCAUACCUGGUGAUCCUAAGCAAUCCACCUCCAGACCGACAACCACCACCACCACCACCACCUCCGAGGAAGAGGUAGAUGAAGGCUUCCACGCAGAUGAAGAGUGCAUACCACUUCAAGAGUUCCCUCCUCCUGCAGAAGGCCCUGUAGAUCAGGAGAUCCUUGCCACACUGCCUCCUCCACCACCUGCUUUUGCUGAAGGCAUGGUGGCCUCAUCCGCACCCAACGCUCCACCUGGGGCUCCUCCGCCACCUCCUCCUCCACCUCCUCCCCCUCUCCCAGGUGAAACCAAAAAGGAAGUUGGAAAGCCAGAGGAAGCUAAAUCAGCUACAGAGAUUGAUGGGAAGAAAGAAGGAGAGGACGUGGAAUGCAGCAGCAGGCUGACUGCAGUGGAGUCUCUGCUUGACUCAGAGGAACCCAUCUACAGUGUUCCAGGGGACGGCGAGUCGGACUAUGACCAGGAUGACCUGGAGGAUGGACAGAGCAGCACUGCAGCAACGGACGUAGAGCAUGCGCGCAAGUCUACCUGCACUAACGCAAGCCAGGAGUCCUACAACCGCAGCUCAGAUUCAUUUGCAGAGAGUGACGAUGAACAUGAUGGGUACGUGGACACAGAUGAGGAGGUAUCCAAUUGUAGAGUCAGCAUCUUAAAUGGGAACGGACCUCCAUAUUUCCACAGUUACCUUUAUAUGAAGGCAGGGUUGAUGAUUCCAUGGCGCAGGCGUUGGUGUGUUCUUAAGGAUGAAACCUUCAUGUGGUUUCGCUCCAAGCAGGAGUCAUUAAAAUCGGGCUGGCUGUAUAAGAAGGGUGGGGGUCUGUCCACACUCUCCCGCAGGAAUUGGAAGAUGCGCUGGUUCGUCCUACGUGACUCUAAACUCAUGUAUUUUGAGAACGACAGCGAGGAGAAGCUAAAAGGGACCAUCGACAUCCGCACAGCCAAGGAGAUUGUUGAUAAUCAUGAGAAGGAGAACGCUCUGAACAUCGUGACAGAUGAGAGAACGUACCAGGUAUUUGCAGAGUCACCAGAGGAUGCCAGUGGUUGGUUUAAUGUGCUGAGUCGGGUCCAUAUUGCCUCACCAGAUCAGCUGUUGGAGAUGACUCAUGAGCAGGCCAACCCAAAGAACGCUGUGGGCACACUGGAUGUUGGAUUGAUUGACUCAGUAUGUGCUUCAGACAAUCCUGACAGGCCCAAUUCAUUUGUGAUCAUCACAGCCAAUCGUGUGAUUCACUGUAACACAGAUCUACCAGAGGAGAUGCAUCACUGGAUCAGUCUGCUGCAGAAACCCAAAGGAGACUCUAAGAGUGAUGGGCAGGAGUUCCUGGUCCAAGGUUGGCUACACAAGGAGAUGAAGGCAGGGGCCAAGAGUUCUGCUCUCAAACUGAAAAAGCGCUGGUUUGUGUUGACUAACAACUCUCUGGACUACUACAAGUCUUCUGAACGAAAUGCAUCCAAGAUGGGCACUCUUGUUCUAAACAGCCUUUGCUCUGUGGUCCAGCCUGAAGAGAAAAAGUUUAAAGAGACAGGCUACUGGAUCAUUAUAGUUCAUGGGCGCAAACAUUCAUACCGUCUGUACACCAAGAUAAUGAAUGAGGCGAUGCGCUGGGUUUCUGCAAUUCAGGGCGUCAUUGACAACAAGGUGCCCAUUGAAACACCCACCCAGCAACUCAUUAGAGACAUAAAGGAGAGCAGUGUGAACUCUGAGGCUGUGGAACAAAUGUACCGCAGGAACCCUAUUCUCAGAUAUACACAGCAUCCUUUGCAUUCACCUCUACUGCCCCUGCCCUACGGAGAGGUCAGCGAAAGCUUGCAAAAGGAGAAGGGUUACGGAAGCCUGCAGGAUGAGGCUGUGAAGAUCUUUAACUCACUCCAGGAGAUGGAGAUAAUCUCAGACCCCCUCGCCAUCAUUCAGGGCAUCCUGCAGACCUGCCACGACUUGCGGCCGCUGAGAGAUGAAGUGUACUGUCAGCUGAUCAAACAGACUAAUUACGUGGCCCAACCCAACAGCCCUGCAAACCGAGCCCAUUGGCACCUGCUCACCUGCAUGAGCUGCACCUUUCUGCCCAGCCGUGCCAUCCUUCGAUACCUGCGAUUCCAUCUGAAAAGAGUACGGGAGCGUUACUCCGGCACAGAGAUUGAGAAGUACUCCCACUUUAUUGGGGAGUCCCUGAAGAAGACGAAGGCCAGGGAGUAUGUGCCCUCACAGGAGGAGAUCACCGCCCUGCUGAACAGACAGGAAAUGACAACGACUGUGUACUGCCAUGGAGGAGGGUCUUGCAAGAUAUCCAUCAAUUCACACACCACAGCUGGAGAGGUGGUGGAGAAGCUUAUUCGUGGCCUGGCCAUGGAAAACAGCAGGAACAUGUUCUCUCUCUUUGAACACAAUAAAGUGGAGAGCAGGGCCAUAGAGAGCCGUGUUAUCGUGGCAGAUAUGCUCGCCAAGUUUGAGAGGUUGGCAGGCGGUGAGGUUGAGGAGGAAGAAGGCCCCUGGAGGCUCUAUUUCAAGCUCUAUUGUUUCCUUGAUGUUGAAAGCAUGCCCAAAGAGGGAGUGGAAUUUGCCUUUAUGUUUGAGCAGGCUCAUGAGAGUCUAAUCAGUGGUCAUUUCCCAGCCCCUGAGGAAACCCUCCAGCAUUUAGCAGCCCUGCGCUUGCAAUACAUCCACGGUGAUGUGGCCCGUACGCCCUGGAGCCUGAGCAGCGUAUACCCCGUAGGGCGACUCCGCACGCGCAUCUUCCAAUCUACUAAGGCAGGGGGUGCCGGGGUACCCGGGGUGGGUAUAGUUGGGCCAGGGGGUCACACUUUAGAGCGCCGAAAAGCCAACUUCCUUGAUGGGACCCUGAGACGCAGCUUCAAGACAGGAUCACUGAAGAAACAGCGUGUGGAAGAGGAACAUAUGCUGGAGAUGUUUGUGAAGGAGGAGAUGUCAGCCACACUGACAAGUGUGCUGGAGAAAUGGAGCCGUCUGCAGGGGAUGCCUCAGCACCAGGCCAUGCUUAAUUAUAUGACUGUCAUCAAAGAGUGGCCCGGUUAUGGGUCUACACUAUUUGAUGUGGAGUCUAAAGAGGGUGGUUUCCCUCAUGACCUGUGGUUGAGUGUCAGUGCUGAAAAUGUCUCUGUUUAUAAACGUGGCGAGCCCAAACCGCUCGAGACUUUCCAGUAUGAGCACAUAGUUUUCUUCGGAGCACCUCAGCCCAGCACUUACAAAAUCAUUGUUGACGAAAGGGAGAUGUUCUUCGAGACGCCUCAGGUGGGUGAAAUCACUAAAAUCAUGAAGGCGUACAUCAACAUGAUCGUCAAAAAGCGCUGCAGUAUCAUGUCCAUCACCAGCAACAGCAGCACCUGGAUGAGGUGAUCGACACCAACCAAUGAGAUCAAAGUAACCAGCAAGAUGAGUGUAAUGAAAGUGGAGUAAACUGCUGACCCGGAUGAUUAGAGAGAGAGAGUGAGAGAGCAGAGAACUAGAGACGUCAUCUCUCCAACAAUUUAACUACUGAAAAGCUCCAUCUUACCUGUCCCAAAUACAACAGCUCAUUCCAUUUAUUUAGGAUUUAUUUAAACCAAGUUCACCUUUUCAAAGCACAACAAUACUACUCACUGUUCCCUGCCCUUACUGCCAGCACCUUGACUGAUGGCCAAACCUAUUUAUUUUCUUGUCUGUUUUUCUCCAUUUAGCUUUCUCUAUCCUCAGUAUUCAGUCAGUGCAUCAUGAAUACAGAGGAAAUCAACAUGUUGCUUCUGAACAUUCAUAUACCCUGAAAUCCCUAUUUUGCUAAAUUACUGCCGAGUUGUAUCCAACAUCAGACAUUUUUGCAUCUAUUCAAACGUGUUUACCUUUUCCUGUGGUGCCACUGAUAGCGUGUUUUGCUAGGAAACCUCCGAGACAUGGGUUCUGGUCCCAUGGAAACCAGGAAGAAAUCGUGUUUAAAUAAACAAUGGUGAGCGCAUAUUCAUCGGCAGCAUUUUUGCUCUAAAAUUUCAAUUUUACACCACUGAUUUAUACACCAAAGUUUUAUGGUUGAGGUUUAGCUUGGGGGCUAGAGUUUAUAAAAUAUGCAUUCCUCUUGACUGUAUUAGAUAAUUUACAAGUAAAAACACAACGUACUUUUGGCACCACCCUUUGGACAUUUUACCCGCAAACUGGAGCUCAAACAUACCCAUACGUUCAACAACACUUCCAGCUUUGGCCACUGGGGUAGUCGCAUUGCGGUAACCACAGACUAAUUUCAGAAGCAUAACUUUCAACCUCCUGUUGCCGAAUUAACAGUGUGAUUUGUCUGGUCGGUGAUGGUUACCAUUUCUUAAACAAUAUGUUCCUAACAACUAGUAAUACAAGUCUAUUUACCGUUUUACUGAAGUGUAUGCUCCAUUUGACCCUUUCUGGAGUGUGGGAACUUGAGCAAACUUUCUUUCAGUUCACAUCCAGAGCCAUUUUGCAAAGCCAUGACUGCUGGAGGCUGUUCUGAAUGCUCCUGGAUUAGAGUCAGUCAGCCAGCCAAUCAGAUCACAGCAUAUAUGGAGUGCAUCGGCAGGCAGCGGUAUGUAGAUAUCAGCAACAAAGCCACUGCAGCAGUGAUAGUGUGACUGUUCACACAUCCGCUAAUAUUUGAGGCUGUUCACAUUAUCAAUGGAACCAACAUCCUAUUUUGUAUUAAAUGGCAACAUUUACAGUAUAUAAAUAUGCUUUUUUUUUUUUUUUUUUGCUGGUGAUAAAAAACUUGUGUAACUUUGUCUUUUCCAUUGCACAAAGGCAAAUCCAGCCAGAGUGAGUGACUUGCUGUGUUAGAGGAUAAACAGAUCCUAGGCACAUUUGUGCCCUAUUACAGAGAUCAAAUGGUUAUUGAGUAUUAAUGAAAGUAGUGCCAGGUCCUCCUGGCCAAUACAAGUAAUGAAAAGAGGCACGCCACUUAACAAUGAUUAUUAAUCUUGCAGCUGUCAAGAUUCAAUAGUACUGUAUUUGUACUGAUUCACUACUUGUGUGUGUGACAUUAACUGUGUAUCACUACACUGUUGUCAAAUUAUAAAAGCAGCUCAUUUGUUUAGAGCUUGUUCCUCUCAUAUCUUUGUCAGUAUUGAUGCAAAAACAAUGGGCAAAUUAAAAAUUGAGUGUCAUUAGUAUCUAUUCUAAUAGACACACAAACAGAGAUCUUAUUUACAUUUACGCUCUUUGCAGAUAUUAUAAUGAGUCAAGCAGGUUUUUGAAGCCUAAGAAAAGGUUUUAAGUGCUUUAGGAGCAUAUCAACCUUAUACAGAGUGUGCAGGCAUUGAUAUUAGACCUGUUUACUGGACUGUGAAAUCAUAAAGUUCUUUAAAGUGUUCUUGACCAACAAGAGGCUGAUCUUACAUAGCUCAAAUCAUCUUAUACCAAUUCACCAGAACUGUCCAACAAACAUCACCAUAAACUUCUCAUUAUAUCUCAUAUUACAACAGAGAAGACACAACAUUCAGAAAGUUACAAUCUUUGCUCUCUUCAUAAUUUUUGUUAUUUUGCCUUCUGGCAUUUUUAUAUGUUAGCUUUCUUGCAUUUUAUAACUUUGUCUCAACAAGGUCAAGCCAGCCUUUUCGAAUAUUUAUUCUGUCAAGUGACUAAAUUAUAGAGCUCCGUUGGAAUUUUUAUCAUGGUUCAAAUCAUUUCAAAAUGUUGCCAGAGAGAACAGAAGACAAACAGAGAUUUAAUCAAGGCCAUAACCAAAAGAAAAAUCCAUUAAUACAUCCAAGUACGCCUGUUGUUUUUUAUUUAAUGUGAGUAUAAUCCUGCAACAGUAUGUGUAAUUUUGCUGUUUGAUAUGAAACUACUGUAUAUUUGUCAGUGUAAUGCAAGUUAGUUUGUGAACGUGUGUGUGUCUGAAUUUAACAAUGAUUUGAAACUAAGCAGA